AUGACAGAUAGUUCUUGUUUGUUUAGUGAUGUUGUUAGAAGAUGUUUUGCAUCUUGGGAGAAGCGUUCAAAAAUUCCGUCGAUGCCAUCUGUAAGGCUUCAUUUUGAAGAAGUGACGUCAGAGGCCCAGGCUGACAUUAAUAUAAUGUUUGCUGAAGGUUCGCACGGUGACAGUCAUCCGUUUGAUGGUCGCGCAGAGUCGAACAAUGUUUUAGCGCAUACGUUCUACCCAAAAUACUCAACUCCUCGGUUUAGUGGUGAUAUACAUCUUGAUGAUGCGGAAGACUGGACAGUCUCUGACAAAAGUUUUUACGGGACAAAGCUGGAAAACGUUAUGCUUCAUGAGAUUGGGCAUUCAUUAGGCUUGACACAUAGCUAUAGAAAGAAUGCUGUCAUGUAUCCUGUUUAUAAUCAUCAAACAGUGAAACAUAUUGAUUUUGAUAUUGAUGAUAAAUGCGCAUUGAAUUGGAUUUACAUUGGGCCGUCAAAUACUUGUUUAUUUGUAUGGUUGAUGUCUGAAGUAUUAGCACGAGAAGUUGAUGGUAAUAGUCCCGCUCUAGAAAAAUAUUACACUGGAGUCGAGAAUAACUGUGAGUUUUUGAUUUCCUUCUGA